UGUAAAAGAAAGCUAGGAACAUGGAUUGAGUUCUUUACAAAAGAAAACCAGGAAAAGAUUUAUGAAUUUCAGCGAGAAAGCGGGAUGAAGUGGAGGCAGAGAGGGAGAGGUUGGUAGAUUAAGCUGGGUUAGAGAGGAUUAGUGUCAGGUUGGGUUUGGUUGUAAACUAACCUCCAUGUCAGUCACUUUUGGCUGCAGCUGACAUGCUCACACUGCUGAUUCACUCCGUCUCAAAGAUCAAACCCUGAAUCAACACGCUCAGGGAACCCAAACCAAAGGAAGAAAGGUACUUUGAUGCUGUUAUCUGUGAGCUGACCGGAUGUAAGUAAAUUUGUUUUUUUUAUGCGCUUAAAUGCACAGAUGAGACAAAUACAAGCUAAACUGAUUAACAUUAGACCUAAAGUCUACUGCAGCUGUAUUGAUGUUGAAUGGUGUACACAAAUGUAGUUGGGGUUUUUUAAAAUAAAAUUAAGCAUUUAUUGUCUUUCUCAACAGACAAAAUGCCAAUGAAUUGUUUAAUUCAAGUUAAUUCAGUUUAUUUUACACAAAUGUGAUCUCAAGGCACUUUACAAGGCAAAUGGAUCCAACUUAUAGCCAGAAAUAUAUAAACAAAUCAAUCCAGUCAAAAAGACAGGUUGCAAUAUUGUUAAAAGAAGCCCAUCUGAUGGGUUCAAUGGCUUGGGAGCGACCCCUUCUUCUAAACAAACAUGUUUAGAAGAAACCUGCUUCCUGCUAUAAGAAGCAGKUUUAUAGAAAAUGUAUGAUAAAUUAGCAUAAAGCAGUGAUUUCCUUGUCCUAUUUCCAGGCCUUUCAAAAGCCCCACUAUAGUUUUUGUUAAAUACCAUCAAUCAGACUUCAAAUCACUGCUUGUUUUUAUUUAACCUAAGUAGGGAGGCCCAGACUUCCCUCUCCCCAGCCACUUGGGCCAGCUCCUCAGGGGGAACCCCAAGACGUUCCCAGGCCAAACGGGAAACAUAGUUCCUCCAGCGUCUCCUGGGUCUUCCUCUGGGUCUCCUCUUCGUUGGACGUGCCCAUAACACCUCAACUUGGAGGCAUCCUAACCGGAUGCCCGAGCCACCUCAGUUGACUCUUCUCGAUGUGGAGGAGCGGUGGCUCUACUCUUGAGUCCCUCCUGGACGACCAAGCUUCUCACCUGUUCUGUCAGUCACCACCCAAAGUUCAUGACUGUAGAUUAGGACAGGAACGUAGAUCAACCGGUAAAUCGAGAGCUUUGCCUUUUGACUCAGCUUUCUCUUCACUUCAACAGACCGGUACAUACACUGCGCCAAUCUGCCUAUCAAUCUCCCGCUCCCUCUCUCCUUCAUCCUUGAACAAGACCCUGAGAUACUUAAACUCCUCCACUGGGAACAUGAUUAUAUGUGCUUGUUUUACCACUGAUACUGAAAGUGAUAAGUAUUAAGGCCAGCAGCUGCCUUCGGUCUGCCCACCUUAAUUUGAGCUGCUUUAGUCUAUUACAGAAAGCUCAGAUGAGCCAUCUGUCAACAUCUCCAUCCACAAACUGAAAUCAACACCAGGGACCAGAGUGAUAUCGGUAGAGUAUUGACAAAAAAAACAUUGAUUAGGCUGUAGGACUGUCAAGCUGCUUCACAUCAAUUUCUUGACCUCACAAACAGCAUUAAUAGCAUAUCAUAAACAAUAUGAUACCUAUUUGACAUGUGACUUGUAAAUGUAUAGUUUUAAGUUUGUAUUAUAAACAAAUAUGCUGACCACCUAGGGCAUAUUCAACUUGCUCAGUAAUAUUUCUCUGUAAUGACACCGUAAUGUAUUUUGCCUGAUUUCUUUACAGGAGGAAUAGCGAUUAAUUUCUAUACGGUGGUUCUGGAUGAUCACCAUGAGAGAAACUAUGGAGGAUGGGGUCAGCGAAGUAUUAUCCAGCGUUGUGGAGGAUGUUAGUGAAGCUGUCAACAGAAACAUUAGUGGCUCUCAGCUUCUGCAUGAACUACUGAGCGCUCCAUGGCUGCGCGCCUUACUAAAGAUUUACGAGUGCCUGAUGCAAUUCCAGAGAUUGUCACCAAGCCCCCUUCUACCUUGUGCCUCUGGACUCUUAUUUGAGAUCAUGGCUAUCAUACAAAGAGCGCACCGUCCUUCAGCUGAAGCUCGUGAGCUCUACAACCUCCUCAGCUCACCACAUGUCCAGGCCCUCCUAUCAUCUCACGACAGUGUGGCACAGUCAGACUAUUUACCCGUCCUUUCUCCGCUGCCCGAUGAGUUACCUGAGGACGAGGAGGCCAUGAGGAUUGUUUGUCUUGUAAAGAAUAACCAACCUCUGGGAGCGACUAUAAGGAGGGACGAGGUGACAGGAGACAUCUACAUUGCCCGAGUGAUUCAUGGAGGACUGGCAGACCGCAGUGGACUCCUUCAUCCUGGUGAUCUUAUAGUCGAGGUUAAUGGCAACUCAGUGGUGGGGCUGGAACCAGAAAAAGUCAUCCAGAUACUGAACAGUUCGAUUGGAACUAUUCUGUUCAAAGUUAUCCCAAGGUCAACGCAGGUCACCAGCUGCCAGAAGCCAGUGUACAUGAGGGCGAUGGUGGACUACUGCCCCCUACAGGACUCCUCCAUCCCGUGUCCGGAUGCAGGAAUGGCUUUCAGUAGAGGCGACCUGCUGGAGGUGGUCGACCAGUCAGACGCUCUGUGGUGGCAGGCCAGAAAGCUGCCCUGUGGCGCUUCCUUCGCUGGGCUAAUUCCCUCCGCCAGCAUGCUGAGGAGCAAACACAAGGAGCAGUGGUGGUGUCAUCCAUCCCAGGUUCACACAUGCAUCAGGCCUUACAGCCUGGCUGAUAACGACGAGGAUCUAACACACGCUGACGGCAAACGGAUCCUAACAGAUAUGGAAAAAAAUAAAGAAAUAAAAUUUGAUGAGGAAGACUCAGACAUUACUGAAGGGAUUUAUCUGGCUGGCUUCCGCCGGAGUUUCCGCCUCUGGAGGAGGACGUCCUACAAGAGGAGGCGGCAGUCCUGCACCUCCUGCUCACCCAGCAGCAGCGCCCUGUCCUCCCCGUAUGAGGAGGUGGCGUUGUACCAGCGCCUCCCGCAGGAGAACCACCGCCUCAUCAUCCUCAUCGGAGCUUCAGGAGUUGGAGUCAAUGAGCUGAGGAAGAGACUCAUCAAACUGAACCCGUCCACCUUCCAGGGACCCGUACCGCACACAACCCGUCCAAUAAAAGAAGGGGAGCAGGCAGGUAGAGAGUACCACUUUGUCACCAAGGAGCUGUUUGAGUAUAUGGUCUGCAACCACAGAUUUGUAGAAUAUGGGGAGAGUAAGAGCCACCUGUAUGGAACCAGCAUCGAUGCUAUUGAUGAGGUGGUAAAACGAGGACGGAUGUGCAUCAUCGAUGUUGAACCACCUGGCAUCCAUCUGUUGCGGUUAAGAAACCUGAAGCCGUACGUGAUUUUUAUCAAAGCGCCGAGCCCAGAAACACUGAGACAGACUCGGAGAAACGCCAGAAUCAUCACCAGCUACGCCGUCAACAGGGCAUUCACAGAGGAAGACUUUUUGGAGCUGGAGGACACGUCCCAGCUUAUCGAGGCCAAAUACAAACAGUAUUUUGACAACGUGGUGGUGAAUGACGACCUGCAGGACGCCUGCAUGCAGCUCUGCUCCAUCAUCCAGCAGGCGCAGAACGAGCCUCAGUGGAUCCCAGUCAGCUGGCUGCAAGGAGAGGAGUAGACCAGGAGAGGAUGAGGAGCUAAUGAAUUAAAUAUGGAGGAGGGAYGGGCAAAUGAUGGCGGUGUAGUGGAUGAUGUCUCACCAAAGCUCACACAUGGGUAGUAUCUUUAUGUAUUAAUAUUAUAACCGUUUCAUUAAAUAAACGACUUUUUCUCAGUCUCCACUCCACCAACAUCUACAUGUCUGCAGGGUUAUUCCUCUCCAUCUGUGAUGCUGAGUUACUUAAUUAACAAGAUAAACAACCCAAAAUGAAAUCUAAAGAUUUGAAGGGAAUUCUGAAAGGGUUGGGCAAUGAACGCUGGGUUUAGUAGUUGGUGAAAGAUUUAACUAUCAGAAAGCCUCUAUAGAAGAGGAGGAAAGAUGUACUUUACUUCAGAUUUCUAAAUACCUGCCUUAACUUUAGGAAGACCUUGGGGAAUGACCCCAACAUGGAUGUUACACACUGGUCACAUAUUCUUUAAAAAAUCAUAAUGAUUUGUUAAACAGUUGUUUCUUUACAUAGGAAGACAAAAGGGCACAGAGAGAGGGUCUUGGUCAUUUUACUCAUAAUUCAAACAGCAAUAAUGGAGUUCAAGAAAAAAUGAGGGGGAAAAAACUACUAAUCAAUGGAGGCAAGAUAAGACAGAAAUGAACAUAAAUACAGAAAGUAGGUCGUUGAAAUGAAAACCUACAAAUGAAACUCAGACAAAAACCCUUCAGGUUGCUCUGAUUGUUUCCAGUGUUCUUUGUUGCCCCCCUUCCCCCCAGAGAGGUAAAGAAACCGUCACGCACACAACACGAUGUGGAGAGGCUUGUGACAUCUCAUGAGUGGGAGGAGGAAGCCGCUCAUUUAGCCACACAGAUAAGGUGUGAAUAAUUCCCAACAAGACUCCUGUUGUUCUCCUCAGACCUGCCCUGACCACUGCGACUCAGUUUAGAUUACACACAUUCUUCCGCUGCGACAAUGAGUUCAGAACGCUUCACCUCUGAUUUGUUUAAACCUUUAAUUCACUGGAAUGAAAGCUACAGCGCUUAAUGCUAAUGCUAUGUUGUCUCAAGUCUCGUAGCAAAAACUGAAUCUACAGAGUAUAAACUGAGGAGGGCUGAAUACAAAAGCUCAUCGAUUGAAGACUGAACGAUUUGUAGACCAGCACACUUCUUUGUGUUGGUCUACAAAUUAAAUUCCAAAAACUUUGCUGUCUUUUGUGGUUGCAAUGUGACAAAAAGUAGAAAAUUCUGAGGCCCUGUACAGCUGACAAUGUAUAAAUCAUUUUUAUGCUUUAUGUGUCUAUUUGAAUCAUGUUGUAGAAGCUAAAGGGGGGAAAACAUUAAACAAGCAUAAAGAAAGCUGCUUCAUUGUUCUUGCAUAUUGAAAUAAACUUUUACCUUGAAAUCAGAAAACGCCA